AUGGAUGAAGUAGUAUUUUAUAUUGGAGAAGGGGAUCCAAAUGAUAAACAUAGUCAAGAAUCCUAUGGAUAUAUUACAUCAAUUCAUACAUCAAAACAAUAUUCAACAUUUCGUCAAGCAAAUUCAUUUAAAAAUGGUACUGUUUUAACUGGUAUUGGAUCAGGUGAAAGAAUAUUUUGUUGUGUUCCUAAUAAAGCAUUAAUUAAUGUUUAUUCAUUUGGUAAAGAAAGUAUUGAUCAACGUAUACCUGUACCUGAAGCAUUAACUUGUUUGAAUUUAAUUAAUCAUCCUAUAUCAUCAAUUAAUAAUAAUAAUGAUGAUGAAUUGUAUAAUAAAAGUAAUUAUAGAGUUCCUUGGUUAUUAGUAGGUGGAUCAAAAAGUGGGAAAUUAUAUAUAUGGGAAUUAAAUUCAGGUAAUUUAUUAUGUGUUAAAGAAGCUCAUUAUCAAGGAAUAACCGUUAUUAAAAGUUCUAAAUGUGGAACAUUUUUAAUUACUGGUGGUGAAGAUGCAAGAUGUAUAAUUUGGAAUUUACAUGAAUUAAUUUCAAUUUAUAAUGAUAAAUCUGAUAAGAAUGAUAGUAAUAAUAAUAAUAUUGUUAAACCAUAUUGGCAAAUUACUGAUAAUACAUUACCAUUAACUGAUUUAAUUUUAAAUGAUGUUGAAAUUUUAAAUGAUUUAAAAUUAUAUACUACUUCAAAAGAUAACACUGUUAGAAUUUAUGAUAUUAUGACUAAAUCUUUAUUAACUACAUUUAUUUUACCUGAUUCUGUUGAAUGUAUAACUAAAGAUCCUUCAAAUAGAGCAUUGUAUGUUGGUUUAUCAAAUGGUUUGAUUAGAACAAUACCAUUAUAUCAAAUAAAUCCUCAUACUUCGGUUUUAGAAAGUAUUGGAGGUAUGAAUAAAAUUAUAACUUUAGAUCAAGAUCCAAAUUUGAAAAACACUUUUGUUCCUCAUCAACAACAACAACAACAAAAUGAAGGUAAACAAAUAUUAGUUACUAAAUUGGAAAUUUCAUUAGAUGGUACUAAUAUAAUAUCUGGAGAUUCUCAAGGUAGAGUAUUUGUUUCAGAUAUUGUUACUAAACAAGUUGUUAAAUCAUUUAAUGCUUGUAAUUCUUCAAUUUCUUUCAUUGCAGUAGAUACAGUACCAAAUGGAUUUGAUUUAUCAAUUAAUGAUACCACAACAACAACAACUAAAAAUAAUAAUAAUAAAGAUAAAAAACAUAGAAUGAUUCCUAAUUUUAAAAGAGUAUUAGCUAGUACAAAUCCAGAAGAUCAUCAAUUAAUGUUAGAUAUUCCAGGUAAAAUUCAAACAUCUAAUAAUAAAAAGAAUGAUGAUGAUUUUGAAAAUUGGUUAAAUAAUAAACAAAUGGAAGAAUUAGAAUUUAAAAAUCUUUCAAAUAUAAAUUCAACAGUUAAAAAAGUUGAAAAUGGAUCAUCUUCUAAUAAUAAUGAUAAUAAUAAAGAACUUGAAGAUAAAUUACAAAAAGUAUCUCAAGCUUAUACUGAAUUAAGAUCUAAACAUGAAGAAUUAAUUAAAGAACAUGCUAAAUUAUUAGAUAAAUUAUAA